AUGACUCCAGCACCCAUUCAGCAAGAAUAUAAACCUAAGUGCCGCAAGGUGAAGUUUUCUGAUGAAGAAGAUCGUCAGAUCCUUGCUCUUGUUAGCGCAGCAGGUGAAAAUGUAAAUUGGGAACUUGUUUCAUUUGCGUUAGGUAACAGAACGUCAAGACAAUGCAAGGAUAGGUACCACGCAUAUUUACAGCCAGGUUUAAACAAAUCAGAAUGGACCGAACAAGAAGAUCAACAAUUAAUUGACAUGGUUGCUCAAUUUGGUCAAAAAUGGAAAUUCAUCGCAACUUCUUUCAAGGGCAGACCAGAAGUUUCCCUUAAAAAUCGAUAUCGCCUGUUACAGCGUCGAUCUGCGAAGAUCCAGCGUGCUCUCCAGCCAAUGGCAAGUUCUGAGUUUAUGAAUCAACCUCAGCAGGAGAGCAUAAUGACAGAUGUUUCUUCUCCCGAAUCCAAAAACUCAGAAAAAAUUGAUGUUGAAGAUAAUCCAUUCGAUUUCGCCUUUUCUGACAACUUUGGUUUCGAUGACGCUUUUAACUUUUACUAA